CUGUGGCAAAGCUUGCUAUUUUCUUCCCAAAAAGCGCUGACAAUAAGGACUCAGAUGGGUACUGUGCUCGUGCUACAGUAUCCACAGCCGAAGGACGGAGUGGCGAGCAAUGGAACUCGGAACUCUGGAAUCCCUGAAAUCUCCAUCUUCAACCGGAGGUCGUAAGCAAGGAGGAAAAAAAUAACCCUAGAACUUCAAAACCUAAAAUGGACAGACCCAGGUCCAAACGGAGCUACCAUCACUACGACCAGGACUCCGAUUCUCAAACACCUACCAAAGCCCCGUUAGGCCGGCGGCAGCCACGCCGCCCAAACCAUCAUCGACGGAACAGCGACCGGCGACAGCAUCCUCCACCUCCGCCUCCCCCUCCCCCUCCGCCUCCUCCAGUGUCCUCCUCCUCAAAGAUCUCCGAGGGAUCGCCGCCGGCUGGCUCCGUCACGACCUUCUUUCGCAUCCUCUGUUCCGAGGCCAAAGUCGAUGGCGUCAUCGGCAAGUCCGGGAGUAUAAUCGAGAGCAUCCGGCGGGAAACUGGCGCUUGGCUCAAUUUUCAUGACCUCGUCCCCGGAGACGACGAGCGGAUAAUUGAGACCGCGGAUAGCCGGCGGCGCGAGCAGGACGGCCGGCCUCCGCAGUACUCACCUGCGCAGGAAGCACUUCUGUUGAUUCAUGAGAGGAUUUUGGAUAUGGAUUUUGAGGAUGGGGAUCAGGACGACGAGGAGUACGAAGGCGAUGGCGGCAUGUGGGGUGGAGGUGAGAGGAGUAGGGAGAGGGGGCGCGUGACGACCAGGCUGGUGGUACCGAGGAUGCAUGUCGGGUGCUUGUUGGGUAAGGGAGGGAAGAUCAUCGAGCAUAUGAGGAAUGAGACCAGAACUCAUAUUCGGAUCUUGCCGAGAGAUCAGUAUACGCCUAGAUGUGUCUCUAUGUCGGAAGAGGUUGUUCAGGUUUUCGGGGAGGGUAGUUGUGUGAAGAAAGCUCUGGAAGUUAUUUCAUCUCGGCUAAAGGAGAGCUUACAUCGUGAGCGUGGACCUUUUCGUGGUCGAAUUCACUCGCCAGAGGGCCAAUUUGCUCCUGAUGAUGACUUUAUAAGCAACACUCAACAUCUUUCAGCAUUUGGAAGAGGUGAUUUAGUAUCUAGAACACCUAUUGGUCCAACAAGAGUUAGAAGCACUGUUUAUGCUUCAGAAAACAAUUAUAUGUUUGAAUCUGAUGGUGAUGCAAUGAUUGACCGUCCACAAUCAUUUUCCAACGAGGACAUUGUGUUUCGUAUACUUUGCCCUAAUGAUAAAGUUGAGGCUAUUAUUGGCUCAACUAAUGGAAUCAUUGAAUUGCUUCAAACUGAUGUGGGUGUGGAUGUCAGGGUUAGUAAUCCCGUUGAAGGCUCAAAUGAACGGAUCAUUGUAAUCACGUCUGAUGAGGGGCCAGAUGACGAGCUAUUUCCAGCUCAGGAAGCAUUACUCCAUGUUCAGACACACAUUGUAGAUCUUGGUCCUGACAAAGAUAAUGUCAUAACAACACGGCUUCUCGUUAGAGACCAUGAAAUUGGAUGUUUGGACGGGAAAGAUGGAUCGUUAUCAGAUUUUCAGAGAUUGACUUGUGCGAAUGUGCAAGUCCUGCCUAGGGAAGAUCUUCCUCUUUGUGCAUUGGAGACUGAUGAGCUCAUCCAGAUUGUUGGGGAGAUACGAGCAGCUCGAAAAGCUCUUACUCUGUUUACUUUGAAAUUACGUGGCUACCUGUAUCGAGACAUGUCCACACCAGACGAUAGCAUCCCAAAUACCUUUCCCACCGCAAGCCUUGCCGGUAAGGUUAUUGGAUUUGAUACCAGUUCUACUAGAAGUUUAUCUCGUGAAGGCUAUCAAGGAAGUGAUACUCCCAUUGCAUCUUUUGAAAGCAUCCGUGCUUCAUCAGCAAAUUGGUCAUCAAAGGAUGUUGCACUCGGUGCGAGUGUGCCGUUGGAACAGGAGCAAAACUGCAUUAAUGAUAGUGGAAGGCAAAGUAGUUUGAAACGAUUUAGUGCUUCUCUCGUUACCAAGAGUACCCUUGAGGUGGUUAUACCAGAGGAUGCUGUUUCAAGCCUAAUUACAAAAUCAGGAAGCAAGCUUGCUCAGAUAAGCGAGAUGUCUGGUGCAACCAUGACCCUUCUUGAAGAUAGGCCUGAUUCUAGUGGUAAAGUGGUUCUGAUAUCAGGAACUCCGGAGCAGGCUGAGAGAGCUCAAAGCCUGCUCCAGGGAUUUAUUUUAAGCUUGUUAUAACCUGAUAGCCUUUGGCUAAAGUUGGAAGACCGCAAGCCAGUCCUGAGCAUAGUGAAGAAUUGCUUAGACGCAGCCAUUGGCUUUGCUCCUCAAAUCUGGCGACUGUUAUGUCCUAUUUUUUUUCUUCUUGCAUUUCUUUCUUACGGAUGCUUUUGAUGCAAUUUGAAGCCUAAUUUUUGUAGCUUUUCUUUAUGAUGUCUCUAUGUGCGGCUGUGUAGUUGUAAUUGUUGAACAAUUUAUGAUAUCUCUAUGUGCAUGGCGCCCUAAACAUUGUUUUUCAUAAAAUCUUA